GUGGCAGUGAGCGGAACGGAAGAUACCUUAUUGGAGGGAGAUGAAGCAUUUGACGCUAUGAUCACUGGGACAGACCAAAGUACCGUCGUUUCUGUUGGAGCAUCAGACUCUGCCACCGUUACAAUCACUGAUAAUGAUGCCGGGGAGGUUGAGGUCGCUGCAGCUUCUGUGGGCAUCACUGAAGGUGGAGCAGCCGGCUCAGUGUGUGUGGUAUUGACGGGAACAACUGGCUCUCCUACUGAACUUUCUAAUCCUCUUGCUGUCUCUGUGGCAUCUGUGCUGAAUGCCGAUGCAGGAGCUGUUGACUUUUCUCUGGGUGCGUCUGUCACCAUUCCUGCGGGAACAACGCUUCCGACUGAUGGCUCUCAUUGUGUGGCAGUGAGCGGAACAGAAGAUACCUUAUUGGAGGAGAUGAAGCGUUUGGGGCUAGAAUCACUGGGACAGACCAAAGUGCCAUCGUUUCUGUUGGAGCAUCAGACACUCCACUGUUACAAUCACUGAUAACGAAGCCGGGGAGGUUGAGGUGGCUGCAGCUUCUGUGGGUAUCACUGAAAGUGGAGCAGCUGGCUCUGUGUGUGUGGUAUUGACGGGAACAACUGGCUCUCCUACUGAACUUCAGUCUCUGUGAUAUCUGUGCUGAAUGCCGAAGCAGGAACUGGUGACUUUUCUCUUGGUGCGUCUGUCACCAUUCCUGCCGGAACAACGCUUCCGACUGAUGGCUCUCAUUGUGUGGCAGUGAGCGGAACGGAAGAUACCUUAUUGGAGGGAGAUGAAGCGUUUGGGGCUAGAAUAAGUGGGACAGACCAAAGUGCCGUCGUUUCUGUUGGAGCAUCAGACACUGCCACCGUUACAAUCACUGAUAACGAUGCUGGGGAGGUUGAGGUCGCUGCAGCUUCUGUGGGUAUCACUGAAGGUGGAGUAGCCGGCUCAGUGUGUGUGGUAUUGACCGGAACAACUGGCUCUCCUACUGAACUUGCUAAUGCACUUGCAGUCUCUGUGACAUCUGUGCUGAAUGCCGAAGCAGGAACUGGUGACUUUUCUCUGGGUGCGUUUGUCACCAUUCCUGCCGGAACAACGCUUCCGACUGAUGGCUCUCAUUGUGUGGCAGUGAGCGGAACGGAAGAUACCUUAUUGGAGGGAGAUGAAGCGUUUGGGGCUAGAAUCAGUGGGACAGACCAAAGUGCCGUCGUUUCUGUUGGAGCAUCAGACACUGCCACCAUUACAAUCACUGAUAACGAUGCUGGGGAGGUUGUGGUGGCUGCAGCUUCUGUGGGUAUCACUGAAGGUGGAGCAGCCGGCUCCGUGUGUGUUGUAUUGACCGGAACAACUGGCUCUCCUACUGAACUUGUUAAUGCACUUGCAGUCUCUGUGACAUCUGUGCUGAAUGCCGAAGCAGGUAGGCUAUAUGCGUGUUUAU